CAGGAAAAGAGGAAAAGAAGGAAAUGGAAGGAAGGAGAGAAAGGUAAAAGAAGACGAGAAGAGAAGAGGAGAGCAACGAAUCAAUUGGGAGGGAACCGAAUCGAAUCGAAGCGAAUGGGAAACCAGAUGCGUUGCCGUCACUUCCAGGCGUCAUGAAGAAGUUCGCGUGUCGUAUUCACGCCAAAGAUCAAGGUUAGUUUCGCAUUCUCGCACCCGGUGGAACCAUGGCGGAUCACGCCGGAAACUUCCAGAGCUGCAGGCUGAUUGCCGCCAGGACCUGGCUGAUUGGAGGCGUGGUGCUCGGCGUCUCCGCCCUCGGCUUCUAUUUCGCGUAUCCGUUACGCUGGAAGAAGAAGAAGGGGCCAGUUAGGGUUUACAUGGAUGGCUGCUUCGACAUGAUGCAUUACGGCCAUUGCAACGCCCUCCGCCAGGCCCGGGCUCUCGGCGACCAGCUGGUUGUCGGCGUCGUCAGCGACGCGGAGAUUACUGCUAACAAGGGCCCGCCUGUUACUCCGCUCCAGGAGAGGAUGAUUAUGGUCAAUGCUGUGAAAUGGGUGGAUGAGGUCAUACCUGAUGCACCUUAUGCUAUAACUGAUGAAUUCAUGAAGAAGCUAUUUGAUGAGUACAAUAUAGAUUAUAUUAUUCAUGGGGAUGACCCAUGCAUUCUACCUGAUGGAACUGAUGCUUAUGCCCUUGCCAAGAAGGCUGGUCGAUAUAAGCAGAUCAAGCGAACAGAAGGAGUUUCGAGCACUGACAUUGUUGGUCGUAUGCUUCUUUGUGUGAGAGAGAGGUCUACUGGUGAAGGCCACAACCAUUCUUCUUUGCAAAGACAAUUCAGUCACGGUCACAGCCAAAAAUCUGAAGAUCGUGGAUCUGGCAGUGGAACACGCAUUUCUCAUUUUCUACCCACAUCUCGAAGAAUUGUGCAAUUCUCCAAUGGGAAGGGUCCUGGACCUGAUGCUCGUAUUGUUUAUAUUGAUGGAGCUUUUGAUCUUUUCCAUGCUGGACAUGUGGAGAUAUUGAGGCUUGCUCGGGGGCUUGGAGAUUUUUUACUUGUUGGAAUUCAUACUGACCAAACUGUCAGUGCUAAACGAGGGGCACAUCGUCCAAUCAUGAAUCUUCAUGAAAGGAGCUUAAGCGUUUUGGCUUGUCGUUAUGUAGAUGAGGUGAUAAUUGGUGCACCAAGGGACGUCUCAAAAGACAUGAUUACAACUUUUGAUAUCUCUAUAGUUGUCCAUGGAUCGGUGGCUGAAGAUAAUGAUUUUCAAGAGGAAAAGGACAACCCAUAUUCUGUCCCAAUCAGUAUGGGUAUUUUUAAAUUGUUGGAGAGUCCUUUGGAUAUUACAACCACCACAAUUAUAAGGAGAAUUGUAUCAAAUCACGAGGCCUAUCAGAAACGCAACGAGAAGAAGGCAGAAAGUGAGCGAAGGUACUACGAGGAUAAGACCUAUGUGUCUGGCGAUUAACGUGACCAUGAAAGGUGGGGUCGCAUGGGUAUUCAAUCAUAUCUUGAGUUUCUGUUGCAGUAACUUAACAAAAUAUAGAAUUGAUGAUCGGUUAUAGUAUCCAUCCAUAUGAUAGAUGACGAAAUUUUGAGAGAUUGUCGGGAAAUGGAGCUCUCUGUAUUUCCAUUCUCCAGGCUCCUUCUAGGGAAUUUGAGUUUUUAGAAAACAGCUGAGUUAAAAAAAAAAAAUGUUUCCUGUGCUUUUUUAGGGUAGCCAGAUGCUCUAUGUGAACCUCUUUCAAAAAAUAUUUAUAAUUUACAUUUCAAUUUACAGCAGCACUGCAACUUGAGCCAUUAUUUUUAUUAUCUA